AUGCCGCAUUUCACCGCUGACGAGACAGCAAACCUUGAUGUUGCCAUCAUUGGCGCAGGUUGGUAUGGACUUACCUGCGCUGCUACCAUUCUCAAGCUGGAGCCGGGCUACAAAGUGGCCGUAUUCGACAAGUAUGAAACCGUUGGUGGAACUUGGUCCAAAGACCGAAUUUACCCGAACCUCGUUGCCCAGGUUGAAUUUGGGUACUUUAACUACCCUUCUAAGCCCAUGCCGACUGCUGGAAAGCCGACCAACAAUCUCGUGUCGGGUGACAUGGUCUGGAAGUACUUGAACAAAUUUGCCGAUGACAACGAUUUGAAGCGUCAUAUUCGGUUUAGCAGCUGGGUAUCCAGUGUUGAGCGUAACCCCGCGGGGGGAUGGAAGCUCACCGUUAAUGGUCAAACAAUCUAUGCUGCAAAGGUUAUUUGCGCUGCUGGUAUUACGACCCAAACAAACAAGCCUGGGUUUGAAAUUACCGAUAAUGCUAUCCCCGUUAUUCACGCAGUAGACAUUGCCAAGAAUGUGGUCAACUUUGAGAAGAAGGAGAAUGACCACUUUGUGCUCCUCGGCGCUGCUAAGUCGGCGAUUAUCAGAGAUAACGGCUCUGGGCCCAUGCCAAUUAUGCCGUCGAAGCUGCUCGGAAAGAAUACUAUUACUGUGGGAUCAAAUCGGUUAAUGAACUACCUGAGCCCUUCUCUCAUGACAACCGACACCUGGCUGGGCAGCUUCUUCCAUCGCACUAUGAUUGGUCGCUGGCUGACUCGGUCCAGCUGGGGCUUUAUCACCAGCCAGGCCGACAACGCUGCUGGCUUCGGUGGCAACGCCGGCAAGGUGGAAGGCCUCAAACCGGAGUUAGAAGACAAUAGCUGCUUCUGGUGCGAGAGUUCCCUGGGCCUCAUCACCAUGGAGGACUUCUGGAGCACGCUGAAAAAGGGCGACAUCCGCAUCGUGCGCGACCAAGUUUCCCGCGCCGACGAGUCCGGCGUCACGCUGAAGAAGACGGCUGAGCGCAUCAAUGCCGACUUUGUCAUCUACGCCACCGGUUGGGGUGACCACUUCAGCUUCUUUUCGCCGGAGCUCAAGAACGAGCUCGGCCUCCCGCUGUACGACGGUCCGGCGCCAGUCAAACCCGCUGCGAAAGAGUAUCCAUUCGGUUUCCCCGCUGGCGACCCAUGGUCUUCUCAUGACAAGGCUGCUGACGACAUUCUGGCUCAAAAGAUCCCGCUCCUCGCUGCAGGACCCAAGGACUACAACAGCUGGAAGCGCGAAGCUGGCCGCAAGAUGACCGCUCGUCGCUGGCGUCUACGCCCACCAUAUCUGAGUUGCAAUCUCUAUGGGCCGUUGCCAUCUCUAUGGGCCGUUGCCUAUCUUCUCGGCGAGGUCAACCUCCCUAGCGAGGAAGAUAUGGUCAAGGAGAUUGCUGAGUGGAAUGCCUGGACUCGUCGCCGUUACGGUGCCGUCGGGGAACGAUACCCUUACGCUCUGUUCGACUGGAUUGUUUACCUAGAUCGCCUGCUGAAGGACCUCGGCGUUAAAUCGCAGCGCAACGGUAACGCUUUGGUGGACUUCUUCAAGCCUUACGGCCCGCAAUCCUACCACGGUGUCAUUGAGGAGUACAUGGCUGUUCGCCCUCAAAAAGUGGAAGCCAGUCCGUUAUAA